CACAUUUAGAGACGGAACAUAAUCUACGUUUGUUAGUCAGAUUUAAAUAAUAGCCGCAUACUGUCAAGUCAUUUUUACCUUCAACUGUGUCAGAAGCAAAUAUUUAUACAAGACGAUAAACUUUUAUUCAACACAAUUAGUAAUAUAAAUUUGAAGUGAUUGUCGAGUUUUUAAUUUUUAAUUUUUCUGUUAGUUUGUGAUAAAGUGCUGCCAAAUGUAAACGAUGUUUACGUUUUGGGUGAAAGUUAUGGAUAGUAUAAUACUUCAAAUACUUUGGAUCGGUUAUAUUAUUUACGAAAGUUUGCGUCCGGAAAAAGACAUAGAAAGGUCUGACACUCCAUACGAAAGCCAAAAUCUAUCACAAGACAACUCGAAGAACAAACGCCACUUCAUCCACCUCUACACGACGACAUCAACCAGUGGAAAACCAGUGUGUUAUAUGGACGUUUACCAAAUGAAUUCCAAAUCGGAAGAACUCAAAUUGCGAAGCGUUUGUUCGAAAGGAGUUCCAAACCAAACCUACUUCAAGCAUAAAGAACAGCUCACUCCCGAAAAUUCCUACAUUUCAGAAGAAUGGAAGAAUUAUUCGAUAAUGGCAAUUUGAUUUUUUUAUAUUUGAAUUAUUUAUUUUUUAGUAUUUGAAUCUGAAAUAUGAAAAAGCUUUUUACCCUAGUCAGUGGCAGAUUAAAUGAAGUGACUUUGGGAGGAGAGGGGUUUCAAUAAGAAAAAGGUGAAAAGGAGAUAAAAUUGUGAUAAAAAACUUAGUAAUCUAUAAUGAAAAUGCUUUAAACAGUAUACCUAAGAAUAUAUUUAUAAGUCGGAUGUAUCUCCUUUUUAUUAUUUAUUCUCCUAUUUAGGAAAACAUUUUUUUGUUAAUGAAAUUUGCUCUUCAUUGGCGAUUGGUUUAAUGUAUUGGCUUCGCUACAUCUUGUUAUACUAAAACCAAUUAAAAAGUUUAAUGAAACUACUGCAUCUUAUAAUACUGCAACGAUUAGUUUAUAAUAUAUUGUUAAAUGAGAUUUCAAGCAUUUUGGUGAGUGACAAAAUUCAAAUUUUACAGGAAAGGAGUUUUUCUACAAAUUUGGUCCAGAUAUAAUACUGAAAAUUCGUUUAGAUAAAAAACUUUUAACAGUGAGAAAACACAGUAUGUCUCAGAUAAUAAACAGUAAGCAACAUCGUAAUUCCUUUUGUUGUAUAUUAAAUGCAUUUAGUAGAAAAAAUGCUACUUAACAAGUUUUUUUAUGCAAAUUUGUUGAACAAAAUAUUAUAAUAAAGAACACAUGAAACAUUUCGUAUAAACAAAAGUGUGUGAGGCAAAGUGCUUACCCCUUUUACAUUUUUUUCCAACUACAAUUGACUAAAUUUUUAAAUGUUAUUUCAAUUGCUGGUGAGAAAUAAAAUGUUGGCAACAUUUAAUACCAUAAUAUUGUAGAUACAUUAAAAACUGUAUACAUGUUAUAUGAAAUUACUAAACAAGUUUUACAUGCAGCGUUAAAUUGUAACCUCAAAACUCAUCUGCACUUCUUCUGCACUCUCUGAGAAUUGUUCUCCUGUCACAAAUUCUGGAUCCAAAUCUGAACCUUCCAAGGGUUCCUCUGGUGAAGACACAUCAAAUUUUACAAAGCGUUAGAUCACGUACUUUGUUUAACGUUUUUUACGUGAUAAAGUUGAGGCAAAUGUUUAACAGCAUAUUCGUGUGUAAUGAGUAGCGACAUCUAUGAAUGAUAUUAUAGUGGAUGAAGAACACACUUAACAUGUUUUCUAUACAGUAAUAAGAAAAUUUACUCCCGUACGUUUCAAUUGUUAAAUAUUUUUUUUAGAGUAUUGUUACUAGUCAUUAUUGACUAACCUACAAUUUUAAUCUAAAAAUCUUAUAAACUAAAUACUUAUCUAAGAAGUCCCCAUUGGACUGUCUUAAUUGUUUCUAUAGGAAAGCAUCACAAGUUGGCGUGAAAAUUUAUUACACUGUUUUACACUAGCACUAAAAUUCUGUUGAGUGUAGAGUUGUCAAGUAAUUGCAGCUCUUCUUCAUUGACGUGGGAAUGGAGUCGUCCCUCAUAUUUCGCAGAAAACCUCUUUAUUUCUUCUUCGAUUGUUGACAUCUUCAGGUCUCUAUAAAGAUAAAUCGUUUCGAUAGAAUCAAGGUGCAUCAAAAAUGUAUCUUAGGACUUUAUUUUGGAAAACUUGUAUCCUGUUUAUAAUACUCUUGCUGACACAUAUCCAUAGCUGUAUGCCAUAAAUCCAGAUUGGUUUUAGGAUUUGUUUAUAAAUCAGCAGUUUGUUGUAUGUUUGUUUGAAUUGUUUUUCUAGGAAAUACAUUUUUUUGAAUUUAAGUUCAAGUUCUGUACGCUUUUUUUAUGUGGUCUUUCUAUUUAAGUCUUACAUCUAAGUUCAUCCCUAGGUAUUUGGCCGAAUCGUGAUACGGAAUAACGCUAUUGUUUAUUCUUAUUUGUUUUUGUUCAUUUGGUCAAAAAGUAAAAUCAACAUGUACUGAUUUAGUUUGAUUUAUUUUUAUUUUCCACUUUUUGGUCCAUCGAUUGAUUCUGUUGCAGGUUUCCUAAAGUUUUUCUGAGGUCUCUGUAUUAGUUCCGCCAUCUGCUAAUAUUGCAGUGUCAUCCGCAAAUGAUGCUAUCUUAACUCAUUGUUGUUGAGGGACAUCGCUGGUGUAUAAUAAGGAAAGAACCAGCACACUGCCUUGUGGGACACACUUUCAUUUCGGAGUAUGUCUCGUCUUGCUUUACUUUUAACAUUCUUCCCGUUAGAUGUGAUUGUAGAAUGUCGACAUAUUCUCUAAGGAGCUUUUUUCCAAGUUUCUGUAUCAGGCCAGCGUGCCAAACCUUGUCAAAUGCUUGGGCUACGUCAAGAAAUAUACCUGAGCAUAUAUAUUUUUCUUCGUAAGAAUUUUCGAUAAUAUCGGCUAUCCUGUGUACUUGAUCUAUUGUCGAGUGUUUGUUUCUAUAACCCAAUUGGUGCGAAGGGAUUAGAUUUUUAUUUUCAGUUAUUGGUUUUAGUCGUUUUAGUAGUAGUUUUUCAAAUAACUUAGAUAUCAUCGGUAACAAUGAUAUAGGUCUAUAUGAUGACACUUCAUUCGAAGGUUUUUCUGCCUUAGGAAUUAGGAUCACUUCAGCCAUUUUCCACGCAUCAGGUAUAUAUUCAAGGCGAAAUGCUGCUUUUAUGAGGUAUGUCAAUUUAACAAUAGCCUUCUGUGGUAGUUUUUUUAAUAUUUCUCCAGUAAUAAGGUCAUAUCCUGGGGCUUUCUGUAAAUUGAUAUUUGUCUGAAUUUCUUUCGUAACUUCAUUGGGAGUAACUAGCUUAAUUUCAAGUUGUUCCAUAUUAUGGAUCGUCUCAUUAAGAGUGUCUUGAUUUUCAUCUAAUUGGAACGUCUUUUGAAGGUAGUCAGUGAAAAUAUCAGCCUUCUGUUGAUUGUCUCUUGUCCAUUUGUUAUCUGCUAUUCUGUUUACACGAAUUUUUUUUUAGUUGCCUUCCAGAGCGAAUAAUCAGUUUCUUUAUCAUCUGUUAGCCCUACUAGGUAUCUCUUAAAAGAUUAGGAUUUCUCUUCUCAGUCUUUGGGUAGCCCUAAUUAAUAUAUUUUUAUCUUCUGGUGAUCUUGUAAUCUGUCAUUUCUUUCUUAGUUUUCUUUUUUCUGUUACCAGUUCUCUUAUCUCGAGAGAAUAGCUUUUUCCAGCUGUUAAUCUACUUACUUUUGGUGUGUUCCUCCAUGCAGCUUGCUGGAUUUUAACUAUAAACCUUUCCAGUUCUUUAUCUAGCUAAUUUUUCGUUUUUAGUGUUAUGGUCAGUUGAAUAGUAUUUGUUAAGUCCUCUUGAAAACCUUCUCAAUUUUCCGAUUUGCUAGGGUCGGUUUGGCUUCUUUUUGAAUAAAAUUAUCACUUAGAGUAAGGAAUACUGCAGAAUGGUCUGAAUCCAUAUCAAAGUUUCCUUCUACUUGUAUAUAGUUUGGUGAAAUUUCCCUCAGAAUAAAGAAAACCAAAAGGUCUGAAAUCUUAUUUGGGUCGGUGGGAAAAUAGGUGGGUUUUUCAGAAGAUCGUUAUGUACAACCAAGUUCUGAUGCAGCUCGGUUCAAUUCUUUUCCUUUGGCUGUGGUUAAUCUUGAACUCCAGUUGGGGUUUUUGGAGAAGCAAUCUCCACCGAUAAUAAAUUUGUUACCUAGUUUUUUGAGUACAUCGAGAUAAUUUUCUUUUUUCUGGUUGUAUUUUAGUGGGCAAUAGAUUGCACCUAUUUUAACUCCUUAAGAUUACUGCUUGUUUAUUUUAAAUGCCGCCUUUGGAAAUUUGCAAUAGAUUUAUCAUUUUUAAAUAUAGUUUUUCCUUUUUUCUAUUCAGAAAGAAGCAGUUUUAUAUCUCCGUUGUUUUGAGGAAUACCAAAAAAGUUUUAAAUACAAAUUAUAGAUAGAGUUCAGCUUCACAUUUUAAAAUUAUUUCGUAAUAUACAGGGUGUUUUAUAAAGUCACAGCAUACCAAAAGUUAUGUUUUUUAGUGGAACACCUCAUAUGUUAUCUCGAAUUUGAAUUUUGCUCAUUUUCUCCAUUCCGGCAAUAUAGGGUUCUAUCAGGCUCUACAGGGUCUAUAAUUUGAAUUUAAAACUUUUGUUCCUCUCAAAACAACGGAUAUAUCAAACUCCAGAGUAUAAGUGGAUCACCCUGUAUGUCGUAACAAGUAAUUCAAUCUCUUUUAUUUAUCCAAUUAAGUUGUUAAGGAUACAAAAAAUUGCAAUUGAUAUUCUUUAAUAAUCAUUACAUUUAUGCCUUUAAUAAAUAACAAAAUUGGUAUUUUAAACAAAUUUGUUUAUUUAUCUUCCGGUAUAAAUUAGAAGACUAUGAGGAACCAAAAUUUAAUUGAUUUAAAUUAACCUUACAUAGCCUUUUAAUUCUAUGGUCUAAUGUUCUAGAUCUUUUAGCUACAAUAUAAUUAAUUGUUUUUUUUUUUGGUAGAAUUUAUAAAUUUUGAUUCCAGAAUGUUUCAUACUACUAGGCAUAUAAAUAAUGACAUUCUAUAUAUUUUUAACUGGGUUUAUAUCUCUAAUAAUCAUAACCACAUUUUAAAACUACUUUCUAUUGUAUUAGAGCAAAUCUAACUUUUUUGCAGGCAUUUUUUGAUAUAUCAACGAUUCAUGAUUUCUACAGAAGAAUAAGGUAUCCUAAACCUAAUUUAUGUAUAAAGAUGUCAUCGGACACUAAAUAUAAGUAUCCAUUUUUGUCUAUUCCUCUAUUUUUGUAAUAAUAUUGAGUAUUUUGAUUAACAUACUCUAUACAUUACAUUUUAGAAAAAACUUUUCUGUUAUUUUCUAAAGUUAUUUAAACAGCAAUAGUUUCAUAUCUAUCUUGAUCAGAUUUCUUCAUCAAAAACACCUCUUUCAUCUCAUUUAAAGCCCAUGGGCAACUUACCUUUUAAUUUUCUGUUGGUAUUUUUCAUCACAUGUCACAUGUCAUGAAUCGUUGGUACAUAGAUACGUGAAGAUCUAUCUGAAGCUUCUGGCUACUAAGUAAAUUAUUUCUUGUUCAUUUUAAAAUUAAAAUGUAAUGUGAAAAAAAGGUGUGCAUUCUAUGUAAAAUAGUUCAAAAUAAGAGCUUUCAAAUGGUUUUUACUAAGUGAAAUUUUCUCACUUUAAUCUGUAACUCUUUUGAAUAAAAAAGAUAACUAUUUACUAGAAACUUAUUUCGAAAUAUAAUCAUUGAGAUGCAGUAAUUUGAGAACUGAUGAAUAAUUAAUUACAUGAAAUAUAUCACGUAUAAUCGUUUCAAAAUUACCUGGUUAAGAAGGUACCUAGAAAUCCUAAUCUGCCACUGACCUUUUGACAGUAAAUGCAACAUCUAAAAUUGAUUUUAUUUAUAAUUCAUUUGGAGGAAAAUCUAAAAAUAGAAAAUAUUAUUUUGCUAGACAUUCCAUUUUUUUUAU